UGCCUCGCGCCCUAACGGGCGUCUGGGGGCGCCAAUCAGCGGGCGGCAGGGUGCCAGCCCCGGGGCUGCGCCGGCGAAUCGGUGGGGCUCGCGGAUUCGCAAGGCUCUUUCUAUAGUGUGGAUUGUUGCCUUUAGUAAGAGCAUGUCGUCCAUCUUGCCAUUCACUCCACCAGUGGUGAAGAGACUUCUAGGAUGGAAGAAAUCAGCUGGUGGAUCUGGGGGAGCAGGCGGAGGAGAGCAGAAUGGACAGGAAGAAAAGUGGUGUGAGAAAGCAGUGAAAAGUCUGGUGAAGAAGCUAAAGAAAACAGGACGAUUAGAUGAGCUUGAGAAAGCCAUCACCACUCAAAAUUGUAAUACUAAAUGUGUUACCAUACCAAGCACUUGCUCUGAAAUUUGGGGACUGAGUACACCAAAUACGAUAGAUCAGUGGGAUACAACAGGCCUUUACAGCUUCUCUGAACAAACCAGGUCUCUUGAUGGUCGUCUUCAAGUUUCACAUCGAAAAGGAUUGCCACAUGUUAUAUAUUGUCGUUUAUGGCGUUGGCCUGAUCUUCACAGUCAUCAUGAACUCAAGGCAAUUGAAAACUGUGAAUAUGCUUUUAAUCUAAAAAAGGAUGAAGUAUGUGUAAACCCUUACCACUAUCAGAGAGUUGAGACACCAGUUUUGCCUCCGGUAUUAGUGCCACGGCACACUGAGAUUCUAACAGAACUACCACCUCUGGAUGAUUACACCCAUUCCAUACCAGAAAACACUAAUUUCCCAGCAGGAAUUGAGCCACAGAGUAAUUACAUCCCAGAAACGCCACCCCCUGGGUAUAUCAGUGAAGAUGGAGAAACAAGUGAUCAACAGUUGAAUCAAAGUAUGGAUACAGGAUCUCCAGCAGAACUGUCUCCUACUACUCUCUCCCCUGUUAAUCAUAGCUUGGAUUUGCAGCCAGUUACUUAUUCAGAACCUGCAUUUUGGUGUUCAAUAGCAUAUUAUGAAUUAAAUCAGAGGGUUGGAGAGACCUUCCAUGCAUCACAGCCCUCACUGACUGUAGAUGGAUUUACAGAUCCAUCAAAUUCAGAGAGGUUCUGCUUAGGUUUACUCUCCAAUGUUAACCGAAAUGCCACAGUAGAAAUGACAAGAAGACAUAUAGGAAGAGGAGUGCGCUUAUAUUACAUAGGUGGGGAAGUUUUUGCUGAGUGCCUAAGUGAUAGUGCAAUCUUUGUGCAGAGCCCCAAUUGUAAUCAGAGAUACGGCUGGCACCCUGCAACAGUGUGUAAAAUUCCACCAGGUUGUAACUUGAAGAUCUUCAACAACCAGGAAUUUGCCGCUCUUCUGGCUCAGUCUGUUAAUCAGGGUUUUGAAGCCGUGUAUCAGCUAACUAGAAUGUGCACCAUAAGAAUGAGUUUUGUGAAAGGGUGGGGAGCAGAAUAUCGAAGGCAGACAGUAACAAGUACUCCUUGCUGGAUUGAACUUCAUCUGAAUGGACCUCUACAAUGGUUGGACAAAGUAUUAACUCAGAUGGGAUCCCCUUCAGUGCGUUGCUCAAGCAUGUCAUAAAACUUCAUCACCAGUCAAGUUCCAUCAAAAGACUUAACAACUCUUCUGUCAUAGUAUUUGUGUAUGGUCCCCGUGGACUGUUUGCUGUCCAAAAAUUCCAGAGAGAAAACAGCACUUGAGGUCUCAUCAAUUAAAGCACCUUGUGGAAUCUGCUUCCUAUAUUUGAAUAUUAGAUGGGAAAAUUAGUGUCUAGAAAUGCCCUCCCAUAAAGGGGAAAGAGAAGAUUUACAGACUUAACCGUGUCUUGUUGGGCAUAAGACUGAACGUCCCAAAGGUUUAUUAAUAACAGUAGUAGUUAUGUGUACAGGUAAUGUAUCAUGACCCAGUAUCGCAGUAUUGUGCUGUUCAUACAUUUUUAGUUUGCAUAAAUGAGAGAGUGUGUGUGUGUGUGUGUGUGUGUGUGUGUGUGCGCGCGUGCGUGCGUGCUACUUCUUGAUCUAGACAAGCCUUUCUAAAGUUACAGUACCUAAUCUGUUAUUCUCACUUCUGUUAUUUUUGUCUUUUUUAAUAUAUAAUAUAUAUAUAUUAAGAUUUUCAAAUUAUCAUUUAGAAGCAGAUUUUCCUUGUAGAAAAACUAAUUUUUUCUGCCUUUUACCAAAAAUAAACUUUUAGGGGAAGCAAAGUGGAUUCACUUUUGAAAUUUCUGACCUUAAUGUGUUUAGUGGGGCUUAACAGUCGUUCUUUUUGUGUUUAUUUACUGCUAAAUCUCAUUAUAAGAAACCCAUAUUGAAAACCUUUCCAAACUUCUUUUCUUGAUCCCCCUUUUGUUCUGAUACUAAAACAGUGCAGUGUGACAUCAUUGCUGGUAAUUGCACUGAUAUUGCUGGCACCAGUUAAUUCUGAGUCCAGUAAAUGAGUAAAUCCCCUAUCUUACAACCAGAUUUCAGCAGAUGCUAAUUGACUUGUAUAACCUAUUGGUUUAUUGAUUUAACCUUCCACCUCAUAAAGAAUGCACAAGUGGCAGUAUAAUUAUUUUCAGGGAUGUGCUAGAAUUCAGUAUAUUUAUCCUUUUUUAAAGCCAGUCUAUAAAUAUAAGUACCCUUUUUGAAAGGUAUUUUAAGAUAUUUCAGCAGCAGACCUUCUGCCCUUUGAGUAGCUUCAUUUGACUUAGUUACCAGAUUGUAUUAUGAAAUGGACCUUUUGUAAAUGUAAUUGCUUCUGCAAAAUACCUAGAAAAGAGAUGCUGAGGUAUGAUCAGCAGAUAAGGGCCAUCUGUUUUUAAAGUGUGUUGUAUUCAAUUUAUAAAUUGAAUGUUAUUUUACAUAGUUACCAGUUCAGAAUUUUAAAAAUUGGGGGAGAAGCUGUUUAGUGGGUUUUGUUUUUUGGGUUUUUUUUUUUAGCCUACAAUUAGAUAUCAGAGCUGUUCUUAACUAAUCUUGGGUAUGUUGUUGACCAUAUUUUAUGAUCUGCAGUGAGAGAAAGUUCUAGAGCUCUGUUGGUCAUCCAUUCUGCAGCAAAUAAUGAUUAUGUCUGAUGUUGACAGAUUGCAGUGUAAACCUUUCUUGUUUGCAUCUCAGUAGAAACGGAAAAUAACCACUCUUGAUCUCUUUUCGUAAAUUUUCAUAGUUUUGAAGAUAGAAACCUUUGGUACUUGUUUUUUGAAACCAUAUUCACCUGUAUGUACAGGUAUCAUUUUUGAUACUGUCAGCAUUGGGUUGUUUUUUAUCGGAUACUCCCCAUUUUCCUAUUUGUGUGUAUAUGUAUGUGUUCAUGUAAAUUUGGUAUAGUAAUUUUUUAUUCAUUCAGCAGAUAUUUAUUGUUCACCUGUUAUGUGCCAGGAACUUUCUUAACCUUUGGGUAAAGGUGAACAAGACAGCUACAGCUCCUGCCUCUGCUGAGACAGCAGUUACUCUACCCGUAAUCAUCCAUGCGUCUGUGAAGGAGAUAAACAGGGUACUGUGUUAGAGAAUAACAAAUGAGAUGCUUCAGAUAGGACAUCAUCAGGAAGGCCUCUAAGGAAGUGAUGCUCGAGCUCACACCUGACCUGGAAGCAGCAAGCCAUGUGAAGAACCGAGGGAGGUAAAGCACUCCUGAUGAAGAGAACAGCAUCAAGUGCAAAGGCACAUUUUAAAGGAAACUAUUAGGUGGUCAUGCUUUCUUUAUACAGAAACCUCUCCACAAAUCCAAACUUGAAGAUCAGAAUGGUUCUACAGUUUAUAACAUGUUGAAGGUGGCCUUAUUUUGUGAUAGACUGCUGUGUGUCAUUCUCACUAAUACAUCUUCUUCCUCAAAUCUUUGCUAUAAAAUUUAUUUGCACCAGGUCAGUACCACUUAAUAUGGUAUAACUACCCAUGCUUGUGCAAAUUUUCACCAAUGUAAUGAUCUGCUUGUUUGCAGACAUCCUGCUGCCCACUAAUUACUACUUCUACUGCCUAACUUGUGAUUAGAGUAAAUGUCCCAGGUGUUAUCGUGGUGGGGCCUGCUGGUGAUAUUCAGUGGAGCCUCUGUACAUUAGUGGAAGUUUCUACAUCCUUGAGAAAGUGUAUACUGAUGCUGGGGAAUAGUCCCAGGGACGAAGAACAACUUUGAAAGCAGUAGAAGAUCCUGGCAGUUACAUGUUAAAUGAAGCAGUGCCAACAAUGGCAUUUCAACAGUGGAGCACAUCUCCACAAUUCAGGUGGGACUUUUCUGUACAGUAUGAAACCAGGACUAAACUCUUAGUAAACACUUGUUGUAUUGAGCAGUUGUACCUCUUGAGCAAUUAAUUUCAUCAUGGUGAUGAUUACGUUUGUGUGAAUAUGUUUAAUGAUCAUACUUGUUUUUGAGAUACUGGCUUUUGCAUUAUAUUUUGUCUAGUAUUUUGUUGCCUAAUUUUUGUUGACAUUUUUCCAUUGAAGGGGUGAUUUUUUUUCCAAACCAUAAAAUCUCCUCUGUUGAAUUUCAUCUUUAUUUAAAUUAGUAACAUUAUUGAGAACUUAUCCUGCACAACACUGUUGGUAUUCUCAGUUUAAUGCCCUUAGAACAUGAUGGCUUUGCUGCUGUCUAAGUGGUUCCAGUGGCUCCAGUGACACCAUAUGGCAGGCUUCGGAUGUGGAGGCUGUGGGAGUUCCCACUGAUCUUGGCCCAACCAGUGGCAGGUUAUUUUACUUUAUAGUGGAGCUGUGUGUGAGAUCUCUUUUGAAAGAAUUAUUUCAUUGAUUGUUUUUUAAAUAAGCUUUGGAAAGUGUUUAUAAGUGGUUUAGAAAUAUAACUGGAUAUAGGCCAAUCUUUUACAAUGCCACUAAAUUGUGUUUUGUUUUUUUUUUUUUUUCAUUUUGUUUAAAGAAGCUUUCCUAAAAGUCUGAACCACACCAGUUGUACUGACUAUACAUUAUUGUAUACAUUCAGUCAGUGAACACUUACUGAUGCCUGUUUACCUAGCCACUGUGAUAGAUGUUGAGUAAUAAAAAGAUGACUAAGCUUGGUCCAAGCCCUCAAAUAGGUCUUAGUCCUCUGGGGGUUACUGUUGCUCUCAGGACCUGUCACUUUGCCAGAAGGAAAUCUAAUUUUUCUUAAAGGGUGAAGAUCCUAAUCUGUACUCUUACUCUCUGUUCUAAGUAUAUUUUUGCAGAUUAUUUAAUAUCUAGUUAUAUUUUUUACCUUAAACCACAUGUAGUUUUGUUUGAUUCAUCUGUCUUAAGAUUGUCAGCUUGUCAGGUUUUCCUCUUUAUUAAAACUGUUUUAAUUUCCCUUUACUUGUGCCUUUGUUGUCAGUUGCAUCGAGGAUAAGACUUUGAACAUGAAAAGCACUCUAGUCUCUUGCUAGUUAAAAUCAAAUAAAAGCAUAUACCCAGUUGGUUUCUCUACCUCUUCUAAAAACUGCGCAUAUAUACCUUUAAAGUCUUAUCUUUCUUUAAAUUACUAAACACUUCGAGCAUUUAUUGGGUACUAGGCACCCUCUUGGUCUGAGCGUGGGAUGGGUUUAUGGUGGGAUAUAAAAUAAUAAAAGACAAUCUUCUCUGUACUUAAAAUCUCUUUAUGUGCAGUCUUUGCUUUAAAAGCUGAAUAUUCCAUUUGCCCUCUCUUCAUGCCAUCUCCCCAGCUCUUUAGAUAACUCAGUCUUUGGACAUGAGCAACUGAGUUCUUUCCUCUUUUUUAACUAAAGAAUUCAUAUUUAAACAAAUGGAAUUAUCUUGUUUUUUCCUUUCAUGCGCUUCAUUAAAACCUUUGUGUUCCUCAACUGAAUUUUGUUCUUCCUCUCUUGCUGACAUGUAUCCAUGUGGUACUUGCUGAUUGCCUUCUCUGUCAACCAUACUUUAUAUGCAUACGUCACAAUAUGUCUCCUUUGAACUUUAUUAUUACUCAUAAAGGAAGGUGCUUUCUAUAUCCCAAGUCCUCAUUUCUUUACCAGGGAGGUUGAUAUUGUUCAGAUUGGCUUGCUGCUUUAAUCUUACAAGUGUCUCUGAAAUUCUCUGCAUUUCAUUGUCUUUGUGACUGGCAAGUAGCAAAUUAUCAGAUCUAUUUAAGUUAUAUUUAAGCUUAUGAGCUUUGUGGCGGUUGGAGCCAGUGUUUUCCCUAUAAUACUAGCCCUGUUUUGUCUUGGGGCAUAUUUGGGUUUUGUAUUCAGAACAAUCAGGAUGAAAAUGGUGUGUGGUCUCCAGAGGGAGUUAGAAUCCUGCUAUUGUGUUCCAUUUCUAUGUUCCUUUUCAUAUUUUCAGAAUAUUUUGUUUGUUCAUACUACCUUUUAUGUGUGGUGAUUGAGAGAGAAAUUCUCUUUUAGAGUAGAAUUCCUGUGUUUUGAGCCUCACAACCAGGAAAUGUGAGCUAUAAUAGGCUCAUGAUAGCCUUUAUGAUAAGAACUUGUCUCAUGUGUUCAUGCAGUUUCUUGAGUUAGGAACUGUUUUAUCUUUGAUACUAUAGCUAACUUUAUAUAUAGCAGAACUGCCUCAAACUUUUUAGCAGGAAAUAUAGUAUGUAAUAUAUGUGUAUAAGUUUAAAUACACAUAUAUACUCAUAGCAAACUAACAGUGUCAUUUUAACAGUGGUGAAUCUAUUGUUUAAAUCUGAGAUCUCAAUAAAAAGUUUUUAAUUUGCUUGCA